GGCAGAGAAAGCGAUCUGAGGGGGAGGAAGUCGGAGUAGGAGCAAUUAAGGGAGGGGGAAUAAGUAAUAUUUAUUAUAAUAAUCAUAUAGAUCGCAGGACAAAGCAAGUUUGCCUUUAGAAACCUUUUUUUUUUUCUGAGUGGGAGAAUUGCAAUCUGCUCUUGCAAUCUGCUUUUCGUCGUCGUCCCCCCCCCCCCCCCGCAUUUAUUUUAUUGCAUUUUAUUUUGGGGGUCCGGCCACGAUGCCUUUCCUCGGGCAGGACUGGCGAUCCCCCGGGCAGAACUGGGUGAAGACGGCGGACGGCUGGACGAGGUUCCUGAAUGCCAACGAGAGCACCUACCUCCCCGAGCGGAACAGUUACUGCAGAAAAGAAGACUAUGAGAAGGAGAACAUUUUCAACAGCAUCAACUGUGAUGUCGCUGCAAAGAAGAGAAAGAAAGACCAACUGAACAACAAGACAAAGAUUCAGUAUUUCCAUCAAGAAAAGUGGAUUUACGUACACAAGGGGAGCACAAAAGAACGUCAUGGUUACUGCACCCUUGGAGAAGCUUUCAACAGACUCGAUUUUUCAAAUGCUAUUCUGGAUUCCAGACGAUUCAACUAUGUCGUACGGCUGUUGGAACUGAUAGCAAAGUCUCAGCUAACGUCACUGAGUGGAAUCGCCCAGAAAAACUACAUGAACAUCUUGGAAAAAGUAGUUCAGAAAGUCCUGGAAGACCAGCAGAACAUCAGAUUAAUAAGGGAACUUCUGCAGACUCUUUAUACUUCGCUUUGUACCCUGGUCCAAAGCGUUGGCAAGUCUGUUCUGGUCGGAAACAUAAAUAUGUGGGUGCACCGAAUGGAGACUAUUCUUCACUGGCAGCAGCAGCUGAACAACAUCCAAAUCACCAGGCCUCCCUGUAAAGGUCUGACUUUCACCGACUUGCCCUUAUGUUUACAACUGAACAUCAUGCAGCGGCUAACAGACGGGAGAGACAUUGUGAGCCUCGGGCAAGUGGCGCCAAGUCUUCAGGUGCUCAGUGAGGACCGGCUGCUCUGGAAGAAGCUUUGCCACUACCACUUCACGGACAGACAGAUUCGCAAGCGGUUAAUCUUGUCAGACAAAGGGCAUUUGGAUUGGAAGAGGAUGUACUUCAAGCUUGUGAGAUGCUACCCACGGAAGGAGCAAUAUGGAGAUACUCUGCAGCUCUGCAAACACUGCCAUAUCCUCUCCUGGAAGGGCACUGAUCAUCCAUGUACAGCUAACAAUCCAGAGAGUUGCUCCGUUUCUCUUUCACCCCAGGACUUCAUCAACUUGUUCAGAUUUUGAACUCCCCAGGAAUUUCAUUGCAUCUCUCGAUAUCUUGAAGGGACGCUUCAUAUUGCUGAGAAGACUUGCUCGGCCUGUAUAUAUUGUGUAAAUAUCGCAGUUUGGGACUCCAACGUGAUGAGAUUUUUAGGAGGCAAAGGGAGUUGUCAUUCAGGUGGCACCGAACUCAUCAAGAAUAUGGCCUUCUACUAAUCGAACUGAUGCACGGAAAGACAUUGCUCUGUAAAUACGUCACUUUGUAAGAAUCUAGAGUGGAAGGUACAGGGGAGAGACUUGAGUUCUGCUUAAGGGAUUCGGAUGGAAUGUGCUGUCUAUCCAUUUGAAAUGUUUCUUUGGUUUUAGAGCUUGGAAAAGGAAAACACUGUGGUUGGGCUAAAACUAUUGAACUACUCCCAGAGCUGGGUUUUGUUUACUAUAGCUAUUUAUACCAAAAAUAUUUUUUAGAAUGACAUAUAUGAUGGGAAGGAUGCAUCCCUUUAUCCUUUUCGUUUUUUUAAAGAAUCAACACAAAAUGUACACACCACGCCAUUUUCUACCUCUGAAAAGCUUUCCGACCUGAUAUGCAAUGUAAAGUGCUUGUAUUUUAUGCAGAGAUUUAAAGUUAUGAAAAUGUUCUUGGUGACAGUAACCCAGA